AUAAGGCCGCGGGUGCAGAGAUCGCGUUCAAACCAAUUGACGAAACUCGCGACGGCCGGAUCACGACGCCCGGAUCACGACGUCCACCACUCCAGGCUUUGACCGCGACCCUGAGCCAAGCGCGUUGCCAUGUUACAAUUGACCAGACAAGCACGCAGCGCUUGGAAGACUGGGUUCAUCUGCACAUCAUGCCGCGCGCUGCUCGCCAGCGGCGCCACGAGGCUGCCGGGAGCCGUCGCCAGAUUGUGUGCAGCACGCCAUUACUCGUCGCCGCCUGACCAGCACCCGCCGCCGCCGCCGCCAUCACCACCACCACCAACACCGCCGUCGCAGCAGGAGCAGCAGCAGCAAAAGGAUACACAGACCGCCGAACAGCAGACCGCGGAGCAAGCUAAGACACCCAAGCGAUCAAAGCCGAGCAAGCGUCAGCGGAAGCGGAAAGCUCGGCGAUCAAGAGCUUCGUCCGCUUCGGCAUCAGCAUCAUCACCGACGACGACGCACCAGCUCUGGCGAGAGACCCUCAAUGUGCUGAAGGAGAUCAAGGCCGACCAGCGCCAAUCGACUCCCCAGACCAAAGAUGCCCACGCCGGCACCGAAACAGAGACACCACAAACAGCUCCCGCUUCCGGCUCCAGCUCGGAGGAGAAGCCUGGGAAAGGGAAGGGUUCAUCAUCAUCAUCACCACAGGAUGAGAAGACGCUGGAGGGUGCCCUCGUCAUGCUGAAGAAGGUUCUCCGCCAGGAGCUGCGGGAUGAUGCUCAGUUGGUCAAACAGACGGCGGAGCAUGCGCCGUGCGAGAAAGCCCCGGCCGCUGCGCCAAAGGAGGCGAAGACAGCAACUACAAAACGGCAAAAGAGCUUAGCUGAGGCGUUGGGCUUCGCCAAGGCAAAGGCAGAAGCUAAGGCAGAAGCAAAGGCGGACGCAGAACCAGCCGAGCCCGCCGCCGAGAAGCCGGCCAAGAAGCCGACACAGGAGCCAGCAAAGCCAGCAGAGAAACUGUCUGCGAAAGCUUCCUCUAAGACGCCCAAGUCCACGUCCAAAUCCAAGCCUGCAGCCUCGUCGUCGAAAGCUUCCAAGACCUUGUCCUCCCUCACCCCGCUCUCCGCCGUUGCAAGGCAUGCGAAGAGGAAGGGCAAGGGAACAACGGGAUUCGUGGUCAACCGCAUCGACGCGGCCAAGAUCGAGUUGACGCCUAUAGAGAAGGAACAACCACCCGUGCCCAGAUUAGCCUAUGGCCUGGACCGCGUGCUCUUCAACCCCGGCGUCUACCAUAUCCGCGACCCUCGUUCCCGCGUCUUCAAUUUCGAUCCCUACCUAGAGCGCAUCAUGCCCAUCAAGGAGUUCGAUUUCGAGGCCAUCAAGCAGUACGUCACGUCUUCCAAGGACAUGACCCUCAUCAAGACGGCCGCCGAGCACCAGAAGAAGUACACGGGCUCCACCUCGAGCAUGACUUCCACCUUGGCCCAUUUCCACUACCUUCUCUCGGCCUGGAGGCCCAUCAACCCCUGCAUGCUGUCAAAGAACUUCGAGAUUGACUCGUAUCGCUUCACGCGCAUCAUGCGCGCUCCGGCCGCCACAUUCCUCCACUGGAAGGACGGCACUUACGCUAUCGACGCCGACAAGGAGUUCGACACCGCAAACAUCCUCAGUAUGCUGGGCAAGUCCAUGGAGAAAUUCCUGACGUUGCCCAAGCAAGAGUUCGAAAAGUACCGCAAAAUAAACUCGGACCAGCUGACCGAGGAGGAGCGGAACGGGCCGGAGUCGUACCAUUACACCACCCUGGGCGACUUUUUGAUGCGAUCCCAGCUCGACGCCUACGAUCCCCGGCUCCCGGGCACCGGCAUGUUCGACCUCAAGACGAGAGCCGUCAUCUCCAUCCGCAUGGAUGCCCAAGACUUCCACAAGGGCUUGGGCUACGAGAUCCGUACCCGCUUCGGCAACUGGGAGUCGUUCGAGCGCGAGUAUUAUGACAUGAUCCGCUCCGCCUUCCUGAAGUACUCGCUCCAGGUCCGCAUGGGCCGCAUGGACGGCAUCUUCGUCGCCUACCACAACACGGAGCGCAUCUUUGGCUUCCAGUACAUUCCCCUCCAGGAAAUGGACCUUUCGCUGCACGGCCAGGAGAACACGACACUGGGCGACCGCGAGUUCAAGCUGAGCGUCUACCUGCUCAACAAGGUGCUGGACAAGGUGACCAAGAAGUACCCGGGCCGUUCACUGCGCCUCCACUUCGAGACGAGAGGCGAAGAGACUCCGUUCAUGUACAUCUUUGCCAAACCCGUCACCCCGAGGGAGAUCGAGGAGAUCCAGGGAGCCACGCGAGCCAAGGUCGAAGAGUUCGAGCGCCAGAUGAUGGGAGUCGUCGAAGAGGCGCGCGCGCUGGACGAGGAGGACGGCGGAGAGGAGUCCCUGGACGACGCCGAAGAGCAUGACAUGGACGAGAGCGACGGCGAGGAGAUCACGAGCUCUGCCGCCUGGGAAGAGGUGAUGCUCAAAGUGGAGGACGAGCUGGAGGAUGAGGAGCAUGGCGUGACCUUCGUCCGUGAGGCCAUCGAGGACGCUCUGCAGGAGAGCGGGCUUCUCCGAAACGCCGCGUCCGACGAGACACAGCGCUACGUCGACGCUUUCCUCGAAGCCCUGACUGGCAACGGCCGCCGUGCCGCACCCGAGGACCAUGACGCUCCGGAGCCCGCGGCAUCAGGCGAGGCCGAGCCAGCUGUCGAGAGAAGUGCGGGGUCGGGUGCCACGCCGAGCAUCGUGCCGGAGGCGACGGAGCAAGCCGAGCAGUCGAGCGGGGAACCACAUGAAUAUGACGCUCAGCCUGCCGCAACCGAGAGCUCGUCAGCCGAGGAGCCGACCCUGAAGGACCUGAUCGUAAAGCUGGCGACCCAGAUUCGGGCUGCACCGAGCGAACAGCGCACCUCCCUCAAGGAGAGAGAGGAUGUCAUCGACGAGGACGAGUCGGAGUACGCACUCAAGUUGAGGAAGAUUGAGAGGCUUCUCUCAGAACUCACGGACCAGCCGCCCCAAGGGGACAAAGCUGGAGAAGGUGCAGGUAGCGGGGUGGUGGAGACUGGCGAAGUGCUCGCUGAGGAUGGCCAGCAAGUAAAACCAACCGAGCCUAGCGUGUCUGCUGGGCCGACGACCCGGCCUGAACAUGCCGAGGCGAAGGGCGAGACGGCGGUGAACACGAAGGAGGCGCCAGUCACACCACCAAAAGACUCGGCAGCUGCAUCCCCAACGUCUGCCGAGGCCGCGGAGGCCGGUAAGCACUCCGAGAAGGAGAAGUCUCAGCCCACAGGGACCACCGAGUCACCUACCGCCCGGCCAACAGAGUCAGCACCCAUCCCCUUCCCAGCCCCAGCCGCGAAAGAUGCGGGAGAGGCGCCCGCCACGCCACCCAAGGCUUCUUCCCAACCAAAGUCAGAGCCAGAACCGAAGGCGAAACAAGCCGCCACGGAAAGCCCCCCAGCGGCCGCCGACGCCCCCGGCAAGGCCAAGUUCCCCGCCGAAGAGCGCGACACGGGCGAGCUCUACGGGCUGAUCCUCACGGUCCGGAACAAGGUGGACGGCCAAUACGUCACGCGGCCCGAGAAGCUGCACCCGCGCCAGCGCUGGCAGGUCGAGUACGCCAUCGAGGAGGUCAAGCCCGAGCGCGCGCACAACCUGUACAAGAUGGUGCUCAAGCGGCGCAAAAACCUGCUCUACCCGGAGGACGCGGCCGACGCCAACCGCUGGCGCGAGAUGUUCUCGGGCCGCCUCGAGAAGUACAGCGCCCGCGGGCGCAAGUUCCGCCGCCGCGAGGACGAGCGCCUGCGCGGCCAGCCCGUCCACGUCUACGGCGAGGACGAGCCGCUGCCGUUUGAGAGCGUCUAUGGCGAAGCGGCACUCGGCGGGUACGGCAAGGGCAAUGGCAACGGCAACGGCACCGGAAAAGGGGGCGGGAACGGAAAAGAAAAGGAUGACGGCGAAGAGGAUGAGAGCCCCGAGAAGGAGAAGGAGAAGAAGGAGGUGGAGAAGGCCGAGCGGAAUGAGGAAGACGAUGAUAACAGGGCGGGGCGGAAGGGAAAGCGGAGGAGCUAGCUCU